CAGCAACACUAUUAUUAUUUACAUUUAAAUUAUCAGUAACAAGUAAUUAAUUGAAUAAGUUGAUAAGAUUAAGAAAAAGUGAAAGAUAUUUCUCAAUGUGUUAUCCGCUACAAAAUUGCCGGCACUUUAUCAAUUUAAACGCGGUCUGUAGAUUAAAUUCAUUCAGUUCAGUGUUGCAGAGCACCUAAUACAGAGGUAGGUACUCUGUUUUAUUUUACAGUUGAUAUAGUCCAGUGAACUUUUGUAAACAUUUCUCAAGAGGCAUCGAAUUGAUCCUUUAAAAUGUACGAAAAAAUAAUAAAAAGCGAACUGAAUGGCGAUGUGCGUAUAGUGGAUUUACGUAGUGACACAAUUAGUAAACCUACUCAAGCUAUGAGGGAAGCUAUGUACACCGCAAUUGUGGGAGAUAAUGUGUAUGGUGAAGACCCUACUGUAGACGAGUUGGAGCAAAAAGCUGCAGAGCUUCUAGGGAAGGAAGAUGCGCUUUUUGUUUGCAGUGGGACAAUGGCAAAUCUAAUAGCUAUUAUGGUCCACUGUAAUAAAAGAGGAAGUGAACUGAUUUCUGGCGAUAGAAGUCACACUUUCAGGUUUGAACAAGGUGGUUCAGCUCAAAUUGCUGGAGUACAAACGGCAUUGGUAAAAAACAAUGAAGAUGGAACAUUCAGCCUGGAUGAGCUCAGAGAAAGAAUCAGGAAAAAUCCUGAUAUGCACGAACCUAAAACGUCCCUGAUUGUUGUAGAAAAUACGCAUAACUUGUGCGGAGGAAAGGUGUUGCCAUUGGAUUGGUUGGAAAAGGUAGGCUUCAUAGCAGCAGAACACAAUAUUCCAGUUCACAUGGACGGUGCUAGGUUGAUGAAUGCAGCUGUAUAUCUGAAAGUCCCUCCUCGAAGGGUUGUGAAAGACGUUGACACAGUUUGCUUCUGUCUGAGCAAAGGGUUAGGUUGUCCUGUUGGUGCUGUUUUGGUGGGAAGCAAAAGUUUUAUCAAUGAGGCAAAACAUGCUAGAAAAGCGCUCGGUGGAGGAUGGAGACAAGCAGGCAUUUUGGCAGCUGCUGGUUUAGUGGCUUUGGAUUCAAUGAUUGACAGGUUACAGGUUGACCAUGAUCACACAUUCAAAAUCGCCAGAGCAAUAUACUCCAUGAAAUCGAACAUCUUUAAAGCAGAUCUAUCAACAGUGCAAACCAACAUAGUGAUAAUGUACAUCGAUCGUACAAAAGUGGAAAUCCGCGAACUGCAGCGUAGAUUGCAGACUGUGUUAGAGACUGAUACGGUGAAGGCAAGCGUGAGAUGCUCCUCUUUGAACUGGGAUUGCGUCAGGUUCGUCCUUUAUCAUGAAAUCACCAGUGAAGAUGUGCAGUUGGUCUGUGAGAAGAUACAAUUGGUUAUUAGCGAAUAUGAUGAGAAGUUCAGACUUAGGAGGGCUGUGCAUUAGGAGAUAGCUUGAGUUGUUUGAUAUACGAGCCCUAACACAAAAUAGUUCGGACAUUAUCUAAUUUUAUAUUGAAGUUUGUUUAUUUUUUUAAGGUUACAAAAUAAUUUUCUUUCUUCUAUAAUACAUUGAAAUAUAUUGUUUGGACAUCAUAUUAACAAAUUAGUAUCAAGUAAUAUGAUAUUAAACUAUAAAACUAAACUAAUAUUGAUAACCAUUUCAAUAGCUCAUUAUGUCACCCUUUGCCUUAAUAACAGCAUUAAUUCUGGCUUGCAUAGUUUUAACAAGGUUUCCGCAGUCUUCCGCAUUAAAAGAAUUCCAUAUAUUUUGUAAUGUUACUCGUAAAUCAGAAAUGUAAAGAUUUCACUGAAUAAAUAUGCCAUAUGUCCCUUAAAUGCAAUCUACGUACCGACCAGACUUAUGAAUCCACCGACGGCACGUUUCUCGUGAAACAUUUCCUGCUGUUUCUUCAUCCCAUUUUGCUGUUAUGCCCCUUACAGUACCUUGACGACCAGCUUUACAAAUACGAACAAGAGAUCUUUGCAUUCUAGGACUGAUCUUACGUGGCCUACCAACACCGUGUCUUGAAACUUGAGUUGAAUCUGUGUCUCCCGAAAAUUCUUUCCUUUAUGAAACAAUUUUAACAUUAAAACUCUGAUCGCACCGUUUGUUGCUUUACCACGCGACAUUUUAGAGCAAAUUGACGCACAGAAUUGAUUCUUAAAUCAAAACGUCAAAUUGUAAACACUAUUUCAUAACAUAUUACUUGAAAACGGUUUUGUUAGUAUGAUGUGCAAACAAUAUAUUUCAUUGUCUUAUAGAAGAAAAACAAAUUAAUUUUUAACCUUACAAAAAUAAACAAACUUUUAGACAAAAUUGAUAAUCUCCGAACAUUUUUGUGUUAGGGCUCUUAGUUGUAUUUUGAAUGUUGCAAGUAUGCUUUGGAUAGUUGUAGUUAAUCGUAAAAAAGAUCUGAAACUCCAAAAUAUUGAAUUUUGGUCUAAACCGUUUACUGGAAGUCGUUUUUUAUGAUGCUUAGGGGAAGACACACUUUUAAUAUGGAAGCUUAUCAGACAACUAAGGAAAUUGAUUUUUGUCACGUAAGUCUGCGGAAAAUUUAGAAAAUUUGUUUACUAUGUUUUAUAUAUCUUAAGUGAAGGAUAUUUUAAAAAUACGC